AUGGAGCAUAAUUCCAGUUCAAAAUUGAAAGCGUACAUUAAAUAUGAAUAUGGAUUCCCAUUUUUGGAUCUGAGUAGAAAAGGAUUCUCCAGGGUACCUGAUGCAGUCACUGAACUGACUGAAGUGGAGGAACUCAGACUGGAUAACAAUAACCUGACUGAAUUACCUACAAGUAUUAACAAGCUCAAAAAUCUUGUCAGACUCCACUUGUAUAGCAACAGACUCACAGAACUACCUGCUGAAAUUGGUGACUUGAAGAAGCUGAAUGCACUGUAUGUGAGUAGCAACCAGUUGGUUAGUUUACCUACCAGUGUACAGACAUUAAACCAGCUUGAAGUGCUGGAAUUGGAUGGCAACAAAUUAACAGAACUACCAUCUCAGGUUGGUGACCUGAAGAAGCUGAAGAAGAUGUUUGUGUAUAGCAACCAGUUGGUUGGUCUACCUACCAGUAUACAGAAGCUGAACCAGCUCCAAAACCUAAACUUGUCUAACAACACAUUAACAGAACUACCUGCUGUGAUUGGUGACUUGAAGCAACUGAAGAGGCUGCAUGUGAGCAACAACCAAUUGGUUAGUUUACCUACCAGUAUACAGAAGCUGAACCAGCUUGAGGAUCUACAGUUGUCCCGUAACAAACUUACAGAACUUCCUUCUGAGAUUGGUGACUUAAAGGAGCUGAGGAGACUGGAUGUGAGUUUCAACCAGUUGGUUAGUUUACCUACCAGUAUACAGAAGCUGAACCAACUUGAGGGGCUGCACUUGUCUGGUAACAAGCUUACAAAACUGCCUUCUGAGAUUUGUGACUUAAAGCAGCUGAGGUGGCUGGAUGUGAGUGGUAAUCCUCUACCUUCUGAUGCAAUACAUGUUCUAGACAUGAAGAUAAAGGAAAUGACCAUUAGGUUUAUAAAAGGUGGGUGUGGGGAUUGUCGUCAAUAAGUUUUUAGAAUAGUACUUAUAUUAUUUAUAGAUGUGUCGUGAAAUAUUUCAGUAGUGCCAUUAUUUUUUUCUUAUUAAGGCUCAAGGAAAAUUGGAAAUGGCCAAGCGAAACUUUCCUUCAUACUGAAACUACUCAAUGCGCUGAGCAUUCGUGGGAAAUAGUUUGGGCCGAUAUUUAAUUUUUUGGGAAACUCCUUGAAAUUAGUUUUGUUUAGUAAAUAUUAGAAACAAAUAUGUGUAGUGAAAUUAUUUUUUACCUCAUAAAAAAGGCUAUCCUCAGUGGUGGAUCCAGGCCCCUCUUAUUUUUGGAUCAAACUGAGGCCCAAAGGGCGGACAAAUUUCUUUUUUUAAAACCGGGACACCCUUAUCUCAGGGUUUGGACCUCUGUUAUUGUCCCGUCUACAAGAGGAAGGAAAAAUGUUUUAUGAGAAGGCUAAAAAAUAUAUUUCCGAACAAUGUUGUGACAUAAUAUUUUACCCGAUACCUUUUUGCUUGGCAAGCAAAUUAAAAUGUAUACGUAGCUUGAGAAAAAAAAAAGUACUCUUUUGCAACUACUUUUCGCUGUUAUAUUUCUUUUAAUGCCAUUGAAGCGAUUUUAAGUGGGAGCCUAUUGAUAGUUUGUAUUUCUUUAAGUUUUACAGUCCGUUAUGGAGUAGAAUAACGAUUAUUGGUUUUCAAAAACAGGCCUCAUGUGCUUAGCGGUUAAUUUACGCAAAUAACUGUCCCCAGAUAACUUAGCAGGAUCUAAUAUGCUUUCCAGCAAAAGAGACUGCUUCGAAUGGGCACUCAACGACGGUUUCCUCCCACAUACUUUGAAAACACUUUCUAGGCUAUCCAGAGUACUUUUAGAUCUUUAGAGGUGCAUUCCAAUCGGCGCUGCAGAAUUUGAAUCUGUUCGGUCAUCCUAGGGCAACUUAAGUCUUUUCGAAAUUACAAGGGCUUCAGUAUUAAUUUCUCGACAAUUUUAGGUGCAAUUUUAAAGUUUUACGAAAUUGAGAAUUUCUCUGAUUCCUCUCUUCAUCACAUUUUCGAAUCCGAAAAUUUUAGGUUUCCUUUUUCUACGAAACAUAUCUUAACCUGGGGAGUAAAAUGCGCAAAAUUAAACUUUACAAAAUCGUAGGAAAUUUUAAAUGAAUGGAAUGGUCAUCUAGAAAUACGCAGAAAAUCCCCACGUAAAUGAAAUACUAACCAAAAACAUCCCGGAAUCGAAAAUUUCAACCCCCAAAAAAUCUUUCAAUCACCCCCGUCACUUGAAAUCCGGAGUCCCCCCUCCCCCCAUAGCAUUUAAAAUCUUUAAAAGGUAUCGACAGCGAAAAACCCAAAGUAACCCGAUCAAGCAAAAUUUGCAGCAUUAUACGUGAUAGGUGCUGUCCGCAUUGUCCAGGAAGCAGAUGCUCCGUAGCUGCCCAAAGUGGUGUCACCUUCGCUACGUCAGUACCCAAGAUGCAACUGUAUACAUAGUUACUCCAUUUCUCGAAUGGGACAAAAAUCAACCCCCGUCCCCCCACCCCCCACCCCCAAUUAGAUUCUGAUAUGAGUUAUCUGUAGACGGAAGACUAAUUCCACUAAAAAAGAUGCUUUUUUUCAAAGAGCGGAAAAAGACGCCUGCUCUCGCAGGCUUAGAUACGUGUGGACGGGACCUAAUGUUUUUAAUGUCUUUUAUUUUUUGCACGGGUUGAGUGCAUCGUGUGCACUCUACAUCUACAACAUAAGUUUUGCCUAAAGGGGGAAAAGUGUAUAUUUUACCCGCGUUUUGAAUUUCUAGCGCGUGCGAAACUUGUUAGGAGUACAAUUACGUUCUUUUCAGGAUGCUUAUUAUUUCAUUUAAAAGAUGAUCUGACUAGUCACAUCGAAGACCCCCUCUGAAAAUUGUUUCGCUCGUCCUGAUAUAGUAAGCAUAAUUAUAAUUCGAUCCAGCAAAAUUUGUACCAUUUAACGUGAUACGCGAAUGUUCUGUCUCAUUUUUCACCUUUCCGCGUGCAACAAAGGAAAUAGGACACGUCUGCCGGCACGCAGGCUAUUUGUUCCAUUGAUGUCGAGCUCCGCUUCUGAUAAAACAGAAUAGUUGUUUGUGUGGGCAUAGAAAGCUUUCUGGUAUACUGUAUACGCAGACAUACAAACAUCUUCAGGUUUAUCCUAAUUUGCCUUAUCACUGCUUCUUAUGUUCCGCAAGGAGGA